GCAGCAUUUUCAAAAUAUAAACAAACACGCGCGAGAAAAGUUGUUUGGAGAAAAUUUUCCAUGACAAGUGUUGGAACACUGAAUGUAAAAAAUGAAUCGCAAUCGUAAAUCAGUGAGCAAAACACCAGUUCAAAAGACAAACUUGUUUCAUUUUUUCCAACGAACCCCUUCUUCAGCUGUGCAUAAUCAAGUUUCUUCUACUCCGUUGGCAGAUGCGUCCGUUUCAACACCAUCUUCAAGUGCCCUAAACGCUUCCACUCCGUUUAUAACGAGAGGAAGACCUCCAACAGAGUGUCCUGCCUGUAACAAAAUUGUACCCUUUUACAAGUUGAAUCAUCAUCUUGACAACGAUUGUGUACCAAAUUCGCCAAGCAGCAGCAGUCCAAAAGUCAGUCAGAGAACUACAAGGCUAAUUGACUUGACGGUUCCAGAAAUAGUCUUAAAUAGCCCACCAAGUACUACAGCCAAGGAAGAAGUAAUUACAGCAUUAAACACUCCAUCUUCAAAUUUCAUUCUAAAUACUACUUCAACUCCAUCUAAAGAAGAAAAACCUAAUCCCUCAUCCUCAACAGUAGUUUUUCACACUCCUCCUCCUACACCCCACAUUCAAAAUGAAAGAAGGAAAUUCAAUUCUUCAUCUAAGAAAAAUUUUGCUCGAAGAAGAGAAAUAGCAAGACAGUUCAAAGACCGCCAAGUGGAAACAGAUUACAAGAAACACUCGGAAAACAAAUUAGACAAGCAUGAAGAUUGGUCUAGUGUUAAAAAGAAACUAUUUACUGAAGAAUCAAAGCCAAAGUUUGAAGGUUUACCUUACUACUUGGAAACAUUUUUAUUCUUGCUCAAGUCUACCUUUGAUGAACCUCUCAAUCAACAUUUGUUCAACGAAGAAGAUAAAGAUACUUAUAAAAAUUUUAAAUCGUUAUCUUUGGAAGCUCAGAAACUUUACGCUCGUUUGUUUGCACGAAAAUUCCAAUGGCGAAGAAAGGAAAAAAUCGAUUAUAAAGAUAUAGCUAGUGAUUUGGGACCAGCACUAAAAGAAUUGUGCUCAUCUUCUCUCCUUCAUGGAAUAGAUCAACUAGAAGAUUUACCAACUCUGCUCAAACUGCUCACGCAAUUAGAACUCAAGCAGUUGUUUAAAGACGCCAAAAUUCCCUUCAAUGGAAAAGGAAACGCAACAGAGGCGCUCCUGAAACACUGCCGGAGUCAACCUUGUUUAUCCGGAAGUUCGCUGUCAAUGAAGGAUCGCAUGAUUGCCAAAAUCAAGGGUCAUUACCUGAAGGAAUGUUACAAAUUGCAUGAGGAAGCCCGUCGAACAUUCCUUCGUCUUAUUUUACUGAGUACACUCCAUCAACGCCAAGAAGAAGAAGAAGAGAAAGGGCAACAGCAACAGAAUUUCAAAAUGCUUCAAGUCAAGAUUGGAGACAAAUGUUUUCCGUCUUAUCGAAUUCAUAGACAGCGAGCCAUUUUCAAGCACAGAGAUCACUUUCUCAAAUAUGGCGAAGCUUCUCUACUAGAACUGCAAGUCCGGGAAUCUUACGAUAACAAGCAGUGGGGGACGUUGGUAGAGAUGACGGAUCCGAUCCAGCAAGCUUUUGUCGAAUAUUCAAAAGAAUAUGGCAACGACGAUCUCGACUUGCCCAUCUUCCUGCGGCGAUACACGGCCGGUUCUGUGUACGUUUACACCUUCAACAAACGGAUCGAGGCUCUCCAGUGUUUAAAGAAAUAUCAAGAAGCAGUCGAUCUAAUUAGAAUGUUGAUCAACCAAGACGUUUACUUGCUUUCCCAUCGAGGUCACUGGUACGAACGACUCGCCUUAAACUUGGAACAGCAUCUAAAAGAACCCUAUGAAGCUUUCGAGAUGAUAAAAAAUGCGCUGGACGAUUCGUGGGUUUCUCCAGCACACAGAUUUGCUCUAAGUCAAAGAGCUACGAGGCUUUGCCAAUCGCCUAGAUGGAAACAGAAACUAGAACCACUUCUUAGCGGUUUAUCUCUUUUAAUUCCUGCUGAACCGCGCUGUGUAACCAUCACUGGACGCUCUUUACCCAGGGAUCUACCUGGACACAAGUCAAUGUUUAUACGAGGAGAUUCAGAGAUCAAUACAGAUGCUGGUGAUGUCACACUUUGCUCUGUCGAAGAGCUUGUCCUUCAACACUACAUGGAGAAUGGUUACACACACGGCCUUCACGGCGAAGGAUCGACUCUGUGGACAGUCAUCGGUUUGCUGUUUUGGGAUAUCAUUUACCAGUCGGAAAUUGCCGAUGUUUUCAUCAGUCUUUUUCAAGCCAUGCCACUUGAUUUUGACACCUUGGAUUUCUAUCAAUCCCGCAAAGAGAUCAUUGAGAAUCGGUUGGAAUGUAUCCGUAACUGGUCCAGCUCUGAAAUCGUGGAAGAAAUCGCCAAAGUAUGGGAACAAAAUCACGGUCAAAGCUCUUUGGUUUCAUGGGACAGAUUUCGUGACCUCGAAUCGAUCGGCGGAUUAGUCCAGUGCAUACCUCCCCCGGUUCUGGCAGCCAUUUCUCAAAGACUUUUACAAAACUAUCGGCAUUACCGUUCAGGAUUUCCGGACUUGACAAUAUGGAAUCCCCAACAAAAAAUAUGGAGAAUAAUCGAAGUCAAAGGUCCCAACGAUCGCCUUUCGACCAAACAAACUUUGUGGCUCGAUUUCCUCGUCUCGCUUGGCGUAGAGGCCGAAGUUUGCCACGUUGAAGCUGUUGGUGCUAAACGAAUGGGAGCGACGCCUCAGGUUGCCGUCAAGAGCAAAUCCCCGAGAACAGUGGACGAUGAAGAGGAUCGUGAAAGUGAUAAAGUUGUACGGAAAUCACGUCGCUUGACAGCGAAAAAGGAUAGUGUAAGCAAGUAGUAUUAUUACUGUUUCUAGUUGAAAACCUGGAUAGAUUUUUAUCAUGAUAUUUUUAUGCUGGUCAAAAUCAUGUAUCAAACAAAGAGUAAAUUCUAUUUUGAUGGUAAAAUUACAAGUUGUUUCUACAAUUA